AAAUUCCGACGUCUUCUUUCACGUUCUUCAUUGCAGAGAAGCUCCUUAUUAAGCAAUUCUAUCAUCGAGCUACAUUUCUUCCUGAUCAAGUUUGUGAUAUAGCAUUGAUUUGGUUGAAUUGAGCUGCAAAAAAGAUGAAGUUUGGGAAAAUAUUUAAGAAGCAAAUGGUGCCAGAGUGGGUAGAAGCUUAUAUGGAUUACAAUGGCAUGAAGAGGGUUUUAAAAGAAAUACGUAGCUACAAGCAUAGUAAGCUGACUAGAGCAGCGUCGAGAGUGUCGCAGCAGGCGGAAGCGUUGCACCGUUCGUUUAGUGGCCUGUCGUUCCAUCCUAGGCAUAGUGAACAUGCGGGGGAUAUUGAGGACCAAGUUAUAAAAGUUGACACGGUGCAGGAAGAUGGUUCUCGCAAGUUGUACGAGACAAAGUUUCUUAAAAAGUCUGAAGAAGGAGGAGAAUUCGAAGAGCUGUUCUUUAAGAAGCUUGAUGAGAAUCUAAACAAAGUUAACAAGUUUUACCGGGAUAAAGUUGAGGAAGUGCUGGAGGAAGCGGCUUUGCUAGAUAAACAAAUGGAUGCAUUGAUUGCGUUAAGGGUCAAGAUGCAAAAACCUGAUGCAGAUAACAUGAAUUUGGAGAAGCAUCCCUCUGAUAAGGUCGUAGUAGAUACAUCUGAUAACACAAUGAGAACGCCGGGUACUGCGUAUACAGAUAUGGUACAUGGUAUUGAAAGAACUAACAUUCCAGAAGAAGAGGCCUCCCAUAUCGUGGCUGAUAUUGUCCCGGUUUCUCAUACUGAUGGAGAUGAAGAGGAAGCCAGUAUUGGUGAUAAGCAGGAUCUCCGUGAAAUACUUGAACGUGUGAAGAUGAAUGAUGUGCUUGAAUCUCCUAUAUCUACCUUAAAAGGAGUUUUUGGAGAUUCUAAUGAACCAAUCUCUAAGAAAGGAUUGAAAAAAGCAGAGGAACAGUUGAGGCUUGUUUUUAGUGAGUUCUAUCAGAAACUUCGUCGUUUGAAGGAAUACAGUUUCAUGAAUCUUCUGGCAUUUUCAAAAAUCAUGAAGAAGUAUGAGAAGAUUGCUUCGAGGAAUGCAUCCAGGAACUACAUGAAAAUUGUGGAUAAUUCAUUGAUUGGGAGUUCUGAUGAGGUUAACAGACUCCUGGAGAGAGUAGAGGUAACUUUCGUUAAGCACUUUUCAAGUGGUAAUCGAAGAGAAGGCAUGAAGUGUCUAAGGCCUAAAGUUAAAAGAGAAAGGCACAGGGUUACAUUUUUCUCUGGUUUCUUUUCUGGUUGCUCUAUUGCACUUGUUAUUGCUGUUGUUUUCAAGAUAGAAAGUAGAAAGAUCAUGGAGAAGAACUACGGUACUGAAUACAUGGCAAAUAUUAUCCCUCUUUACAGCUUAUUUGGAUUCAUCAUUCUUCAUAUGCUCAUGUACUCGGCGAAUAUAUACUUCUGGAGGCGUUAUAGAGUCAACUAUACAUUCAUCUUUGGUUUCAAGCAGGGAACAGAGUUGGGUUACAGAGAAGUUUUCCUGGUAAGCACUGGUCUUGCGGUGCUUGCUUUCGUCUGUUUCCUGCUAAAUUUGCAGCUUGAUAUGGACUGGAGGAUGAAAGAUCAUAAGAAACUCCCUGAAGUUAUUCCUUUGGGUUUGGUCACUAUUGUUCUUUUCAUACUUUUUUGUCCUUUCAACAUCAUAUACCGCUCAAGUCGGUUUUUCUUUAUACGAUCACUGUUUCACUGCAUUUGUGCCCCUCUCUACGAGGUUACACUUCCAGAUUUUUUCUUGGGAGAUCACCUAACCAGCCAGGUACAAGCCAUAAGGAGUUUUGAGCUAUUCAUUUGCUACUAUGGGUUAGGAGGAUACUUGCAGAGGCAAAACAAGUGUCAUAGUCAUGGUGUUUACAAUGCCUUCUACUUUGUCGUUGCUGUUAUACCCUACUGGCUCCGCUUUCUCCAGUGCAUACGCAGAUUAUGCGAAGAAAAAGAAUCCGUACAUGGAUACAAUGCUCUGAAAUAUAUGUUGACAAUCAUUGCAGUCAUUAUAAGAACAGCGUAUGAACUGAAAAAGGGUCGCACUUGGAUGAUUUUGGCUCUUGUAAGCUCAGGUGUAGCGACAGGAAUGAACACAUUCUGGGACAUUGUUAUAGACUGGGGACUCCUCCGUAGGCAUUCCCAGAAUCCAUACCUAAGGGAUAAACUGCUUGUCCCUCACAAGAGCGUCUAUUUCGCAGCCAUGGUAGUGAAUGUGAUUUUAAGAGUGGCAUGGAUGCAGCUAGUGCUAGAGUUCAACUUGAAGUCGCUUCACAAAAUCGCAGUAACAAGCAUUAUUUCAUGUUUAGAGAUUGUUCGCCGGGGAAUAUGGAGCUUCUUCAGGUUGGAGAAUGAGCACUUGAACAAUGUAGGUAAAUACAGAGCCUUCAAGUCAGUUCCACAUCCUUUCCAUUACUACGAUGACGACGACGUUGACAAAGACGACUGAGCCAUCCUAAUAAGUUAAUAACACACACACACACUCUCUCUGUGAUUAUGUCUGAUGAUUGACCACUAAAAUAAUACAGAUAUUAGCCUUAAUAGGAACAGUUUGUGUUUUUUUUCCGACGAAUCAAGUCAACAUGUAAAGACAUAUAUAUACAUGAAUCCAUAGAGUUUACAAACU